GUGAAUAUAUAUAUAUAUAUAUAUAAACACAUAGACAAAACAUAUACAUAUCUCUCCUUGGAUCUCCCGUCCAAUCGUUGUCCUUUGGUUGAGUCAUUGAUAUUUUGCAAUGUGAAAAAAUUUCUACAAAUAUCUUAUUCUACGAAUAAGAUAUGUGAGUGAGAUAGAUAGAUAGUUAGAUAGAUAGAUAGAUAGAUAGAUAGAUAAAUAGACAAAUAAAUAAAAAGAAAAAAGAAACAGAAGAAUACGAUUCGAUCUUGUCACACAUAAACACUGUAUAUCCCCCCUUUGUAAUAUAUAAAUAUAUAUUAUAUACAUAUACAUACACACAAUACAUAUAUGUACAUUGAGUGUCUAUACAACAAAGAAGAAGAAGUGGAAGACUAUUUAUAUGUGUAUAUAUUAUUUGUGUUCGGAAAGACUGAUAUAUAUAUAUAUAUACACACACACACACACACACAAUACAUAUAGAUCGUUCGUUAUCGGAAAGAAAGACUGUAUAGAAGAAAACGAAGAAAAAAGAGAAUAUAAUAUUCAGGUCCAUCGCUAUUCGUUGUGUAUGAGUUCAAGAAAGUUGAUCGCCCUCGUGUAAGAUUCAUUGAUCUUUUUCGAUAGAGGAAGUGAAAGGAAUGUGAAAGAAAAGAAUACUGUUUGGUUGAAUAAGAAAGAAGAAGAAGAAGAAGAAGAAGAAGAAAACGUGGACGAAGAGGAGAAGGGGAGGAGUAGAAGGAGGGAGAAGAAAAAACACGAGAGUAUUGUUGUUUCGUGUGCCAGUGAAUUCGGUGGUCUCGCUGUCGCAUGAGGUAAACGGGUGAACAACAGGAUGGGUUGUGGCCAGAGUAAAAUCGGUAACAUCUAUCCGAAGAACAAGAAGAACAAGAACAACAGUAACAAGAAAAAUGGAGACUCAAUACGCAGUACGUCUGUCGAACAAAAGAACGGUAACGGCAAUGCCAAAGGAAACAAAACGAAUAACAACGGCGUGGAGGUGAAUAGAAAUGAGGAGCAGAAUGGUUCGGGCGAUGUCAAAGGUCAAGCGAAGAAGAAACCGAACGGUGCUGGAAGUGGACCGCUGUUGCAACAAGCAGAGAUAUCCACCAGUCAGUUGGAUUUCUUUAAAAUGCUUGAUGAAAAGAUUGAAAAUGGUCCUGACUACGACGAAAGUCUCGACUCAGCGAACAGAGCUGAACAUGUGUCGAAUCUUUUACGGCGCUGGGAGUUAGCAAGCGUAACGUGGUCGAGCGUGUCCGAUCUGAAUAACGCUACAUUGUCCAAUCAAAAGAAUCGUAAUUCUGGUUUGAGUACGUCCAGACAAAGUCUUACUGCUAAGGAUCGCGAGGGCAUGAGAAAUAUAGUUGGUGGUAGGCCAGAGAGUGCGCCGAUAUUCGUGAGAAACGCAAAUCGUGUCGAUGGCCUUCAGGAGAGUCACUGUCAUUCUCCUAGUAUGCCAAGGCACGUUCUAGAAUCGAUUACUCAAAGUCCGACUCAGAGUUUGAAAAAUGUUACGCCACCAGGAAGUUCGCCAACUGGUUUGCGUUAUCAGGACAGUUUUAAAGAAUGUAACGCUAAUCAAUUACCAACGAAGGCUACAACAAAAAUACAUUACGGAUCGCAGAAUCCUGUAAACGGGGAGUAUGUUACUCAGCAGGCUCUCUAUCGAGAACAAUAUCUUCAACAAACUGGGAUCAUCGUACCACCAUCGCAAUAUUCUGCUGGAUCACCAGGUGGCAACGUACUCAGGAAUAAUCCAUACGUUCAACAAUAUCAGAUCGGGAAUAGUCCCCAACAUUUCUCAGUACCGAGAAAACGAGGCUUUAACGCCGCCCAAAUGACGUGACCAGGAUUGGCACGAACGACGAGAUAAGACUGAAUAUGAUUCGCAAGAAACGCUUCUUGUGAAAAGCUGAGAGCUAAGGGAGGAGAGAGAAAGAAAGAGAGAAUAGAGAGAGACUAGGCAUGGAAAGAAAGAAGAAAAAAAACAGGGGAGAGAGAGAGAGAGAGAGAGAGAGAGA